AUGGCGAACAACAAGAAGGCGGUGGGAGAAAACUCCCAAACAAAGACACCACAAAUGGAUAGCAUGAAUCUUAAGGUAAAGACAUUCACAAGGAAAGAGAACUUCAAGCUAUGGAAAAUGAAACAUGACCUAGUCAAGCGAAGAGUUAAGGCCGAUGACAGGACCCGCCCCGAAUUUCCUCGGAAACCGGGACGGACCCUGCCUAAUUACCGACAUCACCCCGAUGCCGGGCCCACUUACUAA